UGUAGUAUUUUUUAAGAAGCGGGAGAGAGACACACUGGCGCGAAACCUGGACACCGUUGCAUAUUUUAGUUGAAGAUACAUAGCAAAGGAUUUUUCUUUUUUAAUUUCCCUCACAUUAUGGCUCUAUAUAUGGCAAUUCUUGGCUACAAAAGACACGUUUGCCCGGAGAGUGUCGUGAACACAAGCGUGAAUCAAAAGCAUGUUGCGUUAGUUAAUCUUGUUGAGUCUUGCUGGAUGGCAUUAUAAUAUAAAUUUUGGGACGUAUGUCACUUAUAUUUUCCAUAUUGCUCUCUGCAUAUUAAGCGCUUAAAUCUAUUUUCUCAAUCAUUUUCCUCUCUGUAAAGUGGAGACUUUUUAGAGGAUGGUAGCUCCUUAAGUACCUAACAAUGUUCGAAUAUUAAUCGAUAUGAAUUAUGAAAAUGAUACAUUUUUGUUAUCCAAAUAACAGUUAUGAUUUUUGGCGGUCUAAAAUUCUUGAGAUUUGUUUAUUUAUUAAUACUAUGUGCCCUGAAAUAUCAAGUGAAAUUUUGAAUUAUUUAUAAUGUACCUAAGAUGAAAUACAAUUUAGCCAUUUUCAAAGGAAAGUCUUUUCGAGGCUCUAUUAUUUUGGCGCGUAGUGUGGAUUUGCUUCUUCAAGUGUGUCCACUUGGUGGCGCUGCGGUGUGUGGUUAUUUUGAAAGUGAGGUUAAACAGCUGGGAGGAAAAAUGUCCAGUUUGUCGCUUCUUUUCCGGGGACUGCAGAUCUCCAGGACGGUGGUGAGAAGUCCAGUCAUCGUGCAGAGUCGCACCAAGGCGCACAAGUGCCUGUGGAAUAUCGAAUUGCCACAAAUUGGGCGAGGAAAGGCAUUCCGAAGGAUUGUUCACUUCCCCGAAGAGUACACCAUCAAACCCCUUGAAGUGACCAACCUUGCGGGCCGAGAUCCGGUCACGGGACGUGUCGUGGCGAAGGGAAUUGGUGGUGGAAUCAAGCACAAGUAUCACUGGAUCAAGUGGCAGCGAGAUGGACCAACAGAAGGACCGCCGCAGGUGGAGAAAGUCUUGGAUGUCCUCUUCGAUGGUUGCCGGACGGCAAAGAUCGCCCUCGUCGGCGUUGGAGACGAGCUGAAGUACAUCCUGGCCACGGAGAAUAUGAAGCCAGGCGACCUCAUCAAGACAUCCAGGGUGAUUCCCAGGAUUCCCGUGAGGGCAAACGAGGGUGACGCUUAUCCGCUGGGAGCUCUGCCCAUCCACACUCAAGUGCACUGCGUGGAGAAGUUCCCAGGAGAGCCGUGUCACAUGAUUCACGCUGCGGGCACCUUUGGGACGAUCACGAGGAAGUUCGAUGACUAUGUGGUGGUGCAGAUGCCGUCCAAGAAGGAGUUCGCCUUGAGGGAAAUCUGCAUGGCCACUGUGGGCAGAGUGUCCAAUGUGAACCACAACAAGGAGCACGUGGGAACGCCGCAGAGGAAGCGAGAGCUUGGCUACCGCCCGCGAUCUGGCCUGUGGCAGAGGAAAACCGGUCGACAUGGCAGGAAGAUUCGUCCACUGCCACCACUGAAGAUCAUACCAGACGCUCCAACCCCACCAGGACCGCCGGUGAUGCACCUCACGCUUCCUAGCGUCAAUCUCAAGAGGGAGAAGCGCACCAGACCCAAUGGACAUGUUAAACUCGUAGAAUGGGGAUCGUAAGGUAAUAAAAUCCACCUUCGCUAGUUAGUUAA